AGCUCGCAGAUGGAGGUGAUGCGCCGGCAGCCCCCGGAGCAGAGGGCAGCGGGGCGGUGUGUGCCGCGGGAUGGGUGGCGACUGCCGGCCGUCCCUUCCCCGGGCGUGGGGCGAUCCCCGCGGGACCCACGCGCGACGGCGUGGGAGCUCCGCGGCCCGCCGGGUGCCCGAGAAGGGAGCGCCCCUUCCCCGCGGGCAACCCCGCACCCUUUCAUUGCCGGGAGACGUUCAAAUGAGGCUGAUUUCGCUCAGACACCCCCUGGUCACGCUGCAGGUGGGGAAGUGCCGCUGCCCGGCCGUGGCGGCCCCGCAGCGGGUCCCGGUCCGACCUCGCGCUGCUUCGGGACCCCGGAGAUCGGCCGGGCGGUGGGAGCAUGGCGAGGCUCGGGCUCGGAGCUGAACGCAAUAGCCAUCAUCGCCAUUAAUAAAAAAGAUUCCGUUCUCUGGUAGGUCCCCCUUGGAAUAAGGAGCAGGUGUAAGAGCUUGGAUGGGUAAACUAUAGCACCGAUAGUAAAUCAGUCGUGGCAAAAUAACGAUAAAAGGAAGCGAGGGGUUACCCCUAACAGAACCCCCCUGGGCAGAGCCCGUUCGAGCGGCGCUCCCGAAGCGGAGACGCCAUGCGGGAGUUCAGUGUUCAUGUGGGAGUUUGGG